CAUUUCAACAAAAAGCAUUCUCUUGAAUAUUGAUAUAUAAUAGGAAAAAGAAGCACAAGAAUGAGCAAAAAGUUAGUGUUGCUCAUGUUUUUAGUGGCUGCAACUUUAUUUUGCAGCCACCAAGCAUUGGCGACAGAAGAGGCCACUACCGACACGGAGAUAGUCUCCUCGGUCAGUAGGUCGUGGCCAUUCCCCCGCUGUUGUGAUAGUGACAAACAUAAGCUGAAAAAAUGCAUGACAAAUACAACUUCCAUAGACGAUUGCUGCCCAACAUUUAAGAGCAUACUUGGUCGUAAAUGUCCCUGCUAUCGUUAUGCCAAUUACUUAGAUAACCAAGCUUUGAUUACUCUUGCUAGUUAUUGUGAUGUCAAGAAUCCAUGCAUGUGUGAAAAGCAAGAAGACAUGACAGAGGACGCCGAUUCCACCUCCUCCGUCACGAGGCGAUGCCCUCGUCCUCAUCCACGACCACGUCCACGUGGUCCACGACCACAACGGAGCUGUUGUGCUGGGGAUAAAGCAAAGAUAAAGACUUGCAUGACAAACACAACCUCCAUAGAUGAGUGUUGCCCAACAUUCAAGAGUACUAUUGGCCGUAGCUGUUCCUGCCAUCGUUAUGCCGAGCAGUUAGACAAUCAAGCUUUAAUUACUCUUGAGGCUUAUUGUGAUGUUACCAAUACAUGUAAGAAAGUGCAAGUGAUAUAGCUUCCGCAGUAGGAGAUUGGAGAAAAUAAUGUUACAUGUUUAAUAUUAGUGAGACACGAGAUGAAUUCUAGCCCAUUUCUCUUGAAUAAAGUUUUGUAAUCGUGUUUUAUAAGUCAUGUCAUUUGGAUAAAAUGUACCAUAUGUACUCUUUGAAUUAUUGACAACACGAUCAAUUCCCUUUUCCAUUUGGAUAGGGUUAGGCCUCA